CGUAAAUUAAUACCUAAAAUGCUUUGGUUUCCCUCAUACAGAAAUGGAAGAAGUUUUAUCGGUGAUCCCUUCACAUGGACAGUACUCGGUGCAGACGACAAGGUCUUGGGAAUUCGUAGGGUUAGAUGAAGAAGAUAGCCACUCAUGGAGAAAGCUUAAGAUGGGACGAGAAAACUUGGCGUUAAGAGCUAAAUAUGGCAAAGAUGUCAUUAUAGGAUUAAUGGAUAGCGGUGUAUGGCCGGAAUCACCAAGCUUCAGCGACCAUGGAAUGGAUCCAAUCCCGAAAUCAUGGAGAGGAAUUUGCCAAGAAGGUGUCGCUUUUAACUCUUCCAAUUGCAACAGGAAGAUAAUCGGAGCUCGAUACUAUGUAAAGGGUUUCGAGGCUCAAUACGGGUCGGUAAAUGCGACAGAGGACUUCCUCUCGCCGCGAGACGCGGAUGGCCAUGGAACGCACACUACAUCAACAGCGGCGGGCCGACAAGUGUCUGACGCCGCCGCCUUUGGUGGGUUUGCAAAAGGCACGGCUUCAGGCGGUGCUCCUUUGGCUCGCCUUUCCAUAUACAAGGCCUGCUGGGCAGUCCCUAACAAACCCAAGGCCGAUGGGAACACUUGUUUCAAUUCCGAUAUGCUUGCAGCUUUGGAUGAUGCCAUAGCUGAUGGGGUUGACAUAAUUAGCGUCUCCAUUGGAACCGAAAAACCUGUACCUUUUCAAAAUGAUGUGAUCGGUCUCGCUGCCUUAGAGGCUUCCAAGCGCAACAUCCUUGUCGUAUGCAGUGCUGGGAACAGUGGUCCUGCCCCUGGGACAUUGUCGAACCCUGCUCCGUGGAUAAUCACGGUCGGUGCAAGCAGCGUCGACCGGAUAUUUACCGCACCUGUCAAGUUACACAAUGGAUUGAGUCUUCAAGGACAAAGUGUUACGCCAAACAAGUUGAAGAAGAUGCACCCAUUAGUUUAUGCCGGAGAUGUAAUCGUCCCCGGUGUGGCUCAAAACUUAACAGGGCAAUGUCUUCCUGGCUCACUUGACCCGACCAAGGUGAAAGGGAAGAUUGUGGUGUGCACGAGAGGGGUCGGUGCGAGAGUAAGUAAAGGCUUGGAAGUGAAAAGAGCUGGAGGUGUCGGUUUUGUCUUAGCCAACGCCAAGACCAACGGAAAUGAAAUAACAUGCGAUGCUCAUUUUCUUCCUGCAACUACUUUGUCUUAUGAUGAUGGGAUUAAGAUUCUUGAAUAUAUCAAUUCUACAAAGAACCCAAUGGCAAAGAUCAAUCCAGCAAAGACGAAAUUAAACUACAAGCCAGCCCCCUUCAUGGCUGGAUUCACCAGUCGUGGUCCAAAUGUGGUUGAUCCUUAUAUUCUAAAGCCUGAUAUUACGGCACCAGGACUUAAUAUUUUGGCAGCAUGGAGCGAAGCAUCGUCUCCUACAAAGCUUGCGGACGAUCAUAGAUCAGUGAAAUAUAACAUACUUUCCGGAACUUCCAUGGCUUGCCCUCAUGUCUCUGGUGGGGCUGCUCUUCUCAAGGCCAUACACCCUCAUUGGAGUGUUGCUGCUAUCAAGUCUGCUCUUAUGACUACAGCCGCCAUAACCAACAAUUUAGGCAAGCCAAUUACGGACGCCAACGGGGACGACGCAACUCCCUUUCAAUUCGGUUCAGGUCAUUUUCGGCCAACUAAGGCAGUCGAUCCUGGCCUUAUUUAUGAUGCCACGCACAAUGACUACCUCCUUUAUCUUUGUACUGCUGGUCCAAAUGCCUUAGUCGAACUCAACUCCACAUUCAAGUGCCCGACUAAUCCGCCUUCAACCCUCGCUCUCAACUAUCCAUCCUUCGCAAUUCCCUCCCUUAAUACCACUGUCACCUUUAUGAGGACAGUCACGAAUGUCGGGAGACCUAAAAGUAUAUAUUUCUUUUCUGCAAAACCGCCACUAGGUGUUCAUAUAGAGGCGACGCCGAGUAUUUUGGCGUUCAAACGAACAGGGGAGAAGCUGAGUUUCAACAUUACGGUGUCCCCUAAAAGUGACUUGAUGGUGAAGAACUCGGAGUACGGGUUUGGUUGGUAUAGUUGGGACGAUGGAUACUAUCAUGUAAGGAGUCCCAUGGCUGUUUAUUUACCUUAA